ACCAUACAAUACAAGAGAGAAAAUAUAAAAACCGACUAAUUGACAAAAGAGGAAAUUUCACAUAUAUUAAUACUUGUAAAUAAAACUAAAAUAGCAUAAUCGGCGACGGGCGAACAAAGUGUAAAAAUGUCAACUGAGAAUCAGAUACACGACGGUGCAAUUGCAGAAGAAGAAAGAAGACCUCUUAUUGACUCCUCAAUUCUUAUUGUCCAUCAAAAUGGAGAAGACGAAACCAUCAUCCCUGUUCCUAAUCAACGCCUUGUUUCUCUCGAUGUCUUCCGCGGCCUCACUGUUGCGUUAAUGAUAUUAGUUGAUGAUGUGGGACGGGCUUUCCCAUCUUUGAAUCAUUCUCCAUGGUUUGGGGUCACACUCGCUGAUUUUGUAAUGCCGUUUUUUCUCUUUGGGGUUGGCGUUUCAAUCGCUCUGGUGUUCAAGAAAGUCUCUAGCAAACCAAAUGCAACAAAAAAAGUAAUAUUGAGGACGAUUAAGCUUUUUCUUUUGGGGCUCUUACUACAAGGUGGGUAUUUCCAUGGGCGUGGUAAUUUAACUUAUGGACUUGAUUUAAGUAAGAUACGCUGGUUUGGUGUACUUCAGAGGAUAUCCAUAGGAUAUUUCCUGGCCUCAAUGUCAGAGAUUUGGCUUGUGAACAAUAAUAUUUUGGUUGAUUCACCAGCAGCGUUUGUCAGGAAAUACUCCAUCCAGUGGAUCUUUUCUAUCUUACUUGGCUCAGUAUACCUUUGCUUGCUCUAUGGCCUCUAUGUUCCAAAUUGGAAGUUCGGAUAUUCUAACUUGCUUUGGUCUGGUCAUGUAUCAACUAUUCAAAAUGUUCAUUGUGAAACGAGGGGUAGCCUUGAUCCUCCUUGUAAUGCUGUGGGUUUUAUUGAUAGAUUAAUUCUUGGUGAAGAUCAUAUGUACCAGCGUCCUGUCUACAGAAGAACAAAGGAGUGCAGUGUCAAUUCUCCUGAUUAUGGACCCUUGCCUCCAGAUUCACCUGGAUGGUGCCUUGCACCAUUUGACCCGGAGGGUAUUUUGAGUUCACUGAUGGCUGCCAUUACAUGUUUCGUGGGAUUGCAAUUUGGACAUAUACUUGUAAUUUUUCAGGCUCACAAGCAGAGGGUACUCCUUUGGUCUGUGUUUUCCUUCUCUCUAUUGGUAGUCGGAUAUAUUCUGGAGAUUUUAGGAAUUCCUUUAUCAAAAGCACUCUACACACUAAGUUUCAUGUUCAUCACCGCAGGUGCAUCGGGCUUGGUUUUGACUGCUAUAUACUACAUUGUUGACAUAGAACGUCUCAGAAAGCCCACAGUUUUACUACAAUGGAUGGGAAUGAAUGCCCUUAUUGUAUACGCAUUGGCUGCUUGUGACAUUUUCCCAGCAAUUAUCCAGGGUUUCUAUUGGCGUUCUCCUGAAAAUAACCUGGAGCCCUUCCCAGCCACUGGGCCAUUGAUGCCACUUUAAAGACCUUUCCACGCUUGAUUAAGUUGGUUAAUCGGUUACUUAACAUGUAGGUUGACUCCAGUGAAGCUUUAAUACAGAACGUAUUACAUUCCGAGAAAUGGGGUACACUGGCCUUUGUAAUAAUUGAGAUUUUAUUCUGGGGUCUUUUGGCUGGUUUCCUCCACAAGAAAGGGAUAUAUAUAAAACUGUAAUGAUGCAAUCAUGCAAUCAUGCAAAAGACAAUGAUAUGUGCAUCUACUUUCCUUGUAGAUAUCUUCUAUUAGAAACUAGCAAUGCUUUCAUGGCAAGCACAUAAUAUCUUGUUGGUUAUCUUUUCUUGAUUCUCCUAUAUAACCUAUGAAAGUUGUGUUUCCUAGCUUUACCAUCGGCACCGAGAGCAAUAAUGAACAAAUAAUUAGAGAGACAGAAACACUACAUCCCUACUUAAAAUCUAAAGACAUUUCCUUAAAGAAAGCUUGUGGAAUAAAUUUUUCUUUCUUAUUUUGUAGUGUGUGAUGACAAUUGAUGACAAAUUAAUUAGAAUAACUUAAAGUGAUUCUGUUA